AUGUUUGAUUUUUUUAUAAAUAUAAAAAAAAAAUACGAUCAAAUAUGGAAAAAUAUAAUAUAACCUUCACGUUAAUAAUACAGUUUAUAGGAUUUAGGACCUAAUACAUAAAUAAUUAAUGGACAUAUAAUAUAACGAAAAGACUUAAUAAUAAAAAAUUAAAAAAAUUAAAAUUUAUAAUGCACUAUAUAUCAAAGUUUAUAAAAUACUUUAAUAAAAUUCCAACCUUGUAUUAUAUAUUUACAUGGAAAUUAAGGUUCUAGAGUAGAAUCUACAGCAAUAAUAAAUCAUGUAAUGCCUCAAUUUACAUUAGUAAGUUUUGAUUUUUCAGGAUCUGGAAAAAGCGAAGGAUAAUAUGUAACUAUGGGAUUUAAUGAAAGUAAAGAUUUAGAAUGUGUAAUUAGUUAAAUAAAGCUUUUAAUAAAAAAUAUAGGUUAAAUAAUAAUAUGGGGAAGAAGUAUGGGUGCUGUUACUGCUAUUUUAUGUGAAACAUAAGUAGAUUGUUUAAUAUUAGAUAGUGGUUUUAGUGAUUUAAAAUAAUUAAUAUAAGAAAUAGCACUAAGAAAAAUGAAAAUUAACAAAAUUAUAUUCGACGGAAUUUUUAUGUUAAUAUAAAAUAAAAUAAAAGAAGUUUUAAAUGGAGUAGAUAUUUUUGAUAUAAAAAUUUGUUUAAAAGUAGAAAAAAUUAAAUGUCCUGUAUUAUUUGCAUAUUCUAAGAAUGAUGAAUUCAUAUUAAAUUAUCAUACUAAAAAUAUGUUUAAUUUUUGUAAAUCUUUAAAUAAAAAAUGUAUUGAAUUUGAAGGAGGACAUAAUAGUUUUAGGCCUUUUUAAUUUUAUUAAUAAGUAAUUUCAUUUUUAAAUAGGUUUAUUUAAAAUAAGUAAAUAUUUUUAUUAAAAAAUAAUUAAUUUUUAUUAUUUGGUUAUUUUAGUUCAAAAAAUAACGUAUCUAAUAAAAAUCUUGAAAAUCAAAAUUUUUGUUUUAAAAGAUAAAAAAUUUUCUCUUAAACUACUCUUUAGGAUUAUUCUGAUAAUAAAAAACUAAACAGUCAAAUUUCAACUGAUUAAAAGAGUUCUUAUCUUAACUAAAAUAAAAUAUAUUUAAGUAAUAAUUUAAAAGACAAUCAAAAUACUUUAAAUAAAAAGUCAUAUUUUUAAAAACGUAUAAAUUUAUAUAUUUAAUUAUAAUAUAAUUUUAAAAGAAAUAAGAACCUUUUUGUAAAAAAGUUAAAAUUUUAAUUAAAAUUCUUUUGA